CGCCGAAAAGGGGCGGAGCUUCGGAGUUUGCGUGAAAAGCCGGCGUUCAGGCAUUCUGUCAGUCAGUCACGGGUCGGCUGACACGAGAGGUGAGUUCUUUUGUUACCUGAGAAUUCAGGUGCCUUUAGCGAGAAUCCGAGCCAGCAACGAUGAGGACCCUGCUAUUUCUCAUUCUUCUCUCUUCGUGCCUCCAGCAUGAAGUCGCAGGCGUUGCUAUUAUAUGGAACUCAAAGGACCCUCCUCGUGCCACCUUGGGAGAGGCUGAAGACCCAAGCGAGUUCUACUUGCAUGAAGGACACAAAUGCAGGAAAUGUUCUCCAGGUUAUCGAGUCAACCGACACUGUACUUCGGAUACCGAAACGACUUGCCAACCCUGUAAUAAGGAUACAUAUAGCAAACACUUGAAUCCACUGUUAAAGUGCUUUUCUUGUAAAACCUGCCGACCUUUAGAUGAGGUGGAGCUACAGCCGUGCACCACAACCAGUGACACCGAAUGCGCCUGUAAGAAUGGCACCUUCUGCUUGCCCAGUUUUCCGUGUGAAACAUGCCAUAAGUGCACACCCAGAUGCCCCGAAGGAGAACAGAUGGUGCAGCCUUGUACCCCUAUAAGCAACAUAGUGUGUGCGCCCUAUACAACCUCUCCACCUCCUCCAACAGGAGGUUCCCAUGGAGUCAUUGUGGGGACUUUGCUUGGUCUUCUUCUGUUGGUGUUAGUGGUGGCAGGAAUAUCCUGGAAGCGUGGUUGCUGUAACGGAGCCAAAGCGAGGAGAGUUACAGCAGUCUUGUGGCGUUCCAAGACUCUCCAGUGUCUCCAGAGGAAUUGCAGUCAAGGGCACCAUGAAGAGGUGGACAACCUGCGGAACAUGCACUGUGAAUCCCAGCCCCCUUUGCAGACUUGUGCCCAUCCCUCUCCAAGAUCACUUGAAGCGACACCUCUGCAGGCAGCUGACCCACCAGAAGAGGAAUCCCAUGUAUGUGCAGCAGAAGGGAGGAGGAAUCUCAUUCCUGUAAAUGGGAAAGACCCUAUAGAGGCUUUGCGGGAGUCUUUUUACACCUUUAUUAAAGAGGUCCCUCCGAAGGAUUGGCUCAGAUACAUGAGAACCCUUGGCCUGGGAGAGAUUGACAUUUAUGCGGCUGAGCAGAGCAGUAAGAAUUUAUACGAGCAGCACUUCCAGAUGCUCCAGACCUGGCUGAACCAAAGAGGAAAGGAUGCGUCUUUGGAGACUUUGCUGGAGACGCUGAGAAGCAUUGACCUCAAAGGUGUAGAGGACAAAGUGAGAGAGUGCCUGAUCAAAAAAAACCUCUAUGUUUAUGAGGAUUCAGUUCUUCCGUAAGCAGGCUGGACAGUUAUCUGCCAGCCAGUCUACGCCACAAAGCACUGUUAUAUUAUUCCGUUUCUCCAGGGAGGCAGGAGUGGGGAGUAUGCCUUCGAAAGCCAUAUGCCAUUUCCAGUUGAGGCUGCAUUUGGCAGUCCUCUACAACUGCCUCAUUUUGUCACUUUGACAGCAUUGUUUUUAGUAGCAAGUACAUAGAAUCUACAAGUUAAGUAGAUUUGUUUUGGUGAACUUUACACCGUCCAGAUAUUGAUUGGAUCCAGGCCACGGCACCAUAGUGCAGGCGAUGUAAAUCGGAUGAUGCUUCGACAAGGCUUACGUGAAAACUCUACUUUGAGCUGGUUGCUUGGACAGAAGUUCUGCUGAACUCUGAGCCCUUUCGAUGAACAUUGCUAAUAUUCUUUUUUUUUAAAUAGUUGUUGGUUCUUGAAUAGUGCAAUCUGCAUUCCAUAUUUGCUGUAUAUCCCGCUUUUAGUGGGUGUCACAUCCCUUUUGUAAAUAGACAUUGGUUUCAGUUUUUGUUCUUUUUUUUUUACUUCAGGGAAUGUAAACUAUUUGCCUUGAAAACCCUUCUCAGGAGAUGUUUUCGGAAAGAAGGGCUUUGUUUGAGUUUGAGCUGCUAGGAGGAUUUUUAGUGUUUUGAAGAAAAGGCAAUUGGAGAAUUUGCAGCAAAUGCAUUCUUGUUUCAUGGUUAUAUUAUAAAAAGCUUAAUUAGAUGAAGGGGAAAAAAUUUGCACGUGUUCAAGGGCUGGGCACCAUAACUUGCUGCGAGUGAGAAUGUCCUAGAAUCAGGCAGUGAUAAGAGGAUUCAAAAUGAUUUUAAAUUAGAUUUCUGGGUUGUUUAACAUUGCAAAGACAUUAAUUGCUUGUGUUGUGUCAGGCAAGCCAACACUGUGUAGUGCUUUGAGUAUUGUACUAUGACUUUGGAAAUCAAGGUUGUUCAUCUAAGGAAACCCAUUGGGUGAUUUUGGGAAAGCCACACUCUCUUAGCCUCAGAUGAGGUUAGUAGAAAACUCACUCUGAACAAAGUUUGCCAUGAUAGGUUUGCCUUAGGGUUGUUAUAAUCCAGUGGUUCUCAAUCUUUGGGUCCCCAGAUAUUUUGGCUUUCAACAUCCAGAAAUCCUAACAGAUGGUAAACUUGUUUGCUGUGAGUUUUCCAAUCUGUAUGGCCAUGGUCCAGAAGCAGUCUCUCGUGACAUUUCGCCCACAUCUAUGGCAGGCAUCCUCAGAGGUUGUGAGGUCUGUUGGAAACUAGGCAAGUGGGGUUUAUAUACCUGUGGAAUAAUGUCCAGGGUGGGAGAAAGAACUCUUGUCUGCUUGAGGCAAGUGUGAAUGUUGCAGUUGGCCACCUUGAUUAGCAUUAAAUGGUCUUGCAGCUUCAAAGCCUGGCUGCUUCCUGCCUGGAGGCAUCCUUUAUUGCGUGGUGUUAGCUGGCCCUGAUUGUUUCUUCUUUGGAAUAUUGAGGUGUUCGCUGGUAAACUGGCUGGGGUUUCUAGGAGUUGUAGGCUAAAACACUAGGGGAUUUGCAGGUUGAGAACCACUGCCAUAAUCAGAAGUUGUACAGCAGCAUCAGAAAAAAAUAGUAUGAUAUAACAUUGGACAAUUAAGCCUUGCUUAUGUUAAAACCAGUCAGAAUGAAUCCACUUUAAUUGCCUUGGUUCAGUGCUAUGGAAUCCUGGGGGCUGUAGUUUGACAAGGUCUUGAGCCUUCUCUGCCAAAGGAUGCUGAUGCCUUUCCAAACUACGAAUCCCAUCAUUGCCUCCAUGAAGUGAGAUGACAUUCCUCAAAGAGGAGCUCCAGACGUACCUCCUGAAGCUUUGCCUCAGCACAAAGAUUACUGUAUGUCGCGAAUCUAAUGCAUCUCCCAAUUGAGCAUUAGAUUUGAAUAAAUACAAUAUUUAAGAAGAAUUACUUAACGCUAAGGUAAAGGUAAAGGUUUCCCCUGACGUUAAGUCCAGUCAUGUCUGACUCUGGGGGUUGGUGCUCAUCUCCAUUUCUAGGCCGAAGAGCCGGCGUUGUCCAUAGACACCUCCAAGGUCAUGUGGCCGGCAUGACUGUAUGGAGUGCCGUUACCUUCCCACCGGAGCGGUACCUAUUGAUCUACUCACAUUGGCAUAUUUUCAAACUGCUAGGUUGGCAGAAGCUGGAGCUAACAGCGGGCGCUCACUCCGCUCCUGGAAUUUGAACCUGGGACCUUUCGGUCUGCAAUUUCAGUGCUUUAACACACUUCACCACUUUUUUUUUUGGUCCUACACAUUUGCCAGGCUUCCAAAGUCUCUGGAUUGCACGAGAAAUUAAUAAUUUCAAUGGAAUCAUGGUGAUGGAAAAUUGGACAAGGAUUUUUCUAAGUGACCAUGAUCAAAUAGUAUACUAGAAUUGCCUUUACAAAGGAGAGGAAUAGUCCGUACCUGACUAAGAUGGGACAUCAGAGGAAGUACACAUAGUGUGUAGACUUGAAUAUUUACUAUGUGUUCUGAUGUUAACAGUGGGGAUUAUUACAGUUCCCCACACAGUUCUGUGUGGAUUUCAUUUCAUCUCAUUGCUUCUGUGGAACUUUCUCCCUCCAUUUUGCAUAAGAAAUGGGAGUUGUGGUUUGCAGGUGAUAGUUCUCAGUGGUGGCUGGGCAUCUCUUUUGGAUGUGAAAUCGAGAAGACAUCAAAAGAGAUCUCCCUACGCUUGGUUUACUACAUGUACAUGUGCAAAAUGUACACAUAGCAUUACUUUGAUAAGCACAGUAUUCUUAAGGAUGUCAUAAGGAUGAAGGAGCAGACUUUGUUUCCUGCUGCCCUGGAAAUUAGGACACAAUAGAGCAAUGGGUUUAAAUGACAGAAAAGGAAAUUCUUCUUGAACAUUAAGAACUUCCUGAUUGUAAGAAGAGCUGUUCAAGAGUGGGAGUGCCCUUGAAGCUCCUUCUUUGGAGGCUUUUAAACAGAGGCUGGAUGACCAUUUGUCGGGGGUGCUUUGAUGGUGCUUUUCCUGCCUGGCAGAAGGUGGUUGGACUAGAUGACCUUUAGAGAUCCCUUCCAACUCUGAUUCUAAGACACUUGAGGCCUUUGAUUGUGUAUUUAUGCAUAGCCAGGUAAGACUGGAUGAUCUUUGUGGUCUCUUCCAAGUCGAUACCGCAUUCCAGAACUACAGUGUUUGAGUAAGUUUGCAAAAAAGGAGAGCCAGAUUUAUUACCUCUCUCUGUAGUUAUUACUACACUUGCGCUGAGCUUUAUGUGGAACCCUUUAGCAUCUGCUAAGACCUUGGUUUCUACUUAAUCCAUUCCUUUGUGCCUUUGUAGACAUGUCUUUCCGUGUCAAAGGCAGAGGGAUAGAUGUAUGGCCAUCCAUAUGAAGAUGGACUGUUAAUUCCUUAGCGUGUUGACUAUGACUCAUGGAAGCCUAGCAACACCUACACUAGAGAACUUGUGGUCUUCUAGAUUUCAAUACUUAAGAAAGUAUGUGUUUUUACGUGUUAACAAAUGUGACGGCUUUUUCCGGCAAGAUUUCAAAUAUGCGAUGAUUACAGACGAAUUCAUGGACUAGAUCACUGACUAUUAGCCAUAAUUAAAACAGCCUCCAGCAUCAAGGAGAGCUAUCUAGCUAAUUUAAUCCUGUGAUUAGAUUUGCCAUGAGUACUGACACACAUUUCUGUAUUUCAGAAGGGCACCGAAAAUAUGUGAAGCGCACUACAAUGUGGUACAGCUUUUUGAGCAUCCCUUAUCCAGAAAUCCAGAAUGUUCCAAAACCCGAGAUUUUGUGCAUGGGUGGCUGAGACAGUGAAACCUUUGCUUUCUGAUGGUUCAAAGUACACAAAGCAUUUCAUGCAGACAAUCCCUAAAUAUACAGUAGAGUCUCACUUAUCCAACGUAAACGGGUCGGCAGAAUGUUGGAUAAGCGAAUAUGUUGGAUAAUAAGGAGGGAUUAAGGAAAAGCCUAUUAAACAUCAAAUUAGGUUAUGAUUUUACAAGUUAAGCACCAAAACAUCAUGUUAUACAACAAAUUUGUCAGAAAACAUAGUUCAAUACGCAGUAAUGCUAUGUAGUAAUUACUGUAUUUACGAAUUUAGCACCAAAAUAUCACGAUGUAUUGAAAACAUUAACUAUAAAAAUGCGUUGGAUAAUCCAGAACGUUGGAUAAGUGAGACUCUACUGUAUUAAGUAAAAAUAAAUUCUCUACGCUGUGUGCAUAAAGUGUAUAUGCAUCAUACGGUAUAUACUCGAGUAUAAGCCGACCCGAAUGUUAAGCCGGGGCACCUAAUUUUACCACCCAAAAUUGGGAAAAUUUAUUAACUCAAAUAUAAGCCAAGGGUGGGAAAUGCAGCAGGUACUGGUAAAUUUCUAAAUAAAAAUAGAUACCAAUAAAUUACAUUAAUUGAGGCAUCAGUAGGUUAAAUGUUUUUGAAUAUUUACUGUAUUUCAAAGAAAAAACAGUAAACUAGCUCUGUAAGUGGAAAAGCAGGGUCAACAAAAACAAUACGAUAUCAACAAUAGCAUAAUAAUAAUAAUCCUUUAUUUGUAUCCUGCCCUGUCUCCCCAUUGGGACUCAAGCUGGCUUCCAACAUAGUAACAAGCAAACAUUCAAUGCCUAUAUAAACAAUACAGAGCUAGAUAUAGAUCUAUAAUUAUAUAUGCUAAUUUCACAUAUACAUUUCCUCCUGAAAUGUUUGCAAAUCGUCUCUAUAUAUGUGCAUUUCCCUUUUGCAAUAUUUGCAAGCCCUAUAUAUCUAUACUAGCUGUGCCCGGCCAUGCGUUGCUGUGGCGAAGUAUGGUGGUAUGGGAAAUAAAGUAUUGAGGAAUUGGUGGUCGUUAAGGUAAAGGGUAAAGGUUUUCCCCUGACAUUAAGUCCAUUAUAAAUGGGUUAUAGAGCUGUGUGGAAGGGCCUUGAGUCUACACUGCCAUAUAAUCCAAUUAAAAUCAGAUAAUCUGUAUUUUAUAGGCAGUGUGGAAGAGGCCUAAGUGAGGCCUAACUCUGCCUGUCCCCUGGGCUGAGUGGGUUUCUAGGCGACCAAGUGGGUGGAGCUUAGCCUUCUAACUGUCAGCAAUUGGAUAAAAACAAUUAUUCCUCUCCCUCUAAUUAGGACUUUAUUUUUCUAUUCUUUUUGUUGUAUGAACGUAGAGGCAUGGAUGAGGGGUUGUGCUGCCAAGUUUAGUGUUUCUGGAAUGUGUAGUUUUGUUGUUUUGUCCUAUGCUGAAAUUUCAUUACCCUUUUAUAUAUAUAGAUUCAUAUCUAUCUAUCUAGUCAUCUCUAUAUAUAGAUAAUUAUAUCUAUAUAGGAUUUGCAGAGACUUGCAAACAUGUGAGGGGAAAAUUCAUAUAUAAAAAUAAUGUAUACAUAUAGAUACAGGUAUACAGGUACAUGGACAUCUCUAGAUAUCUAUAUGUAUAUAGGAUUUGCAAAGACCUGCGAACAUAUGAGGGGAAAAUUAAUAUAUAAAAUUAAUGUAUAUAGAUGGAAACAGAUAUAUAGGUACAUAGGGAUUGCAAAAGCUUGCAGGGGAAAUGCCAGUAUAUCUGUAGGAGAGAUUAACAAAUAUUUCAGGGGAAAUAUAAGAUUAGCGGAUAUAUAUUUUUUCUUCUUCCUGACUUGCAAGGGCUUCUCUCUCUCUCUCCUUUCCCUUUUCAAAAAAUUGCCUUGGUUAAGAGCGAGGGAGGCUUUGGAAAAGAAAACACACUGUUAAGGGAAGGGAAGAGGAGAAAGGAAUAUAUCAUAUAUUGCAGGCAGCUGCCGGGCUUGACUCCACUAUAAGCCGAGGGAAGCUUUUUCAGCUCAAAAAAGGGCUGAAAAACUUGGCUUAUCCUCGAGUAUAUAUGAUACACUCAUGUUGGGUUCCAUCUCCCAAGAUAUCUCUAUAUAUAUGCAAAUAUUCCAAAAUGUAGACAUUUCUGGUUUAUCACAUGUUGGAUAAGGGAUACUUGAACCUGUAUUUCUGCUUCCAGGGGAAUUUCGGAUGUAUGAUUGACAUAACUUGAUUUUAGACAUUAUGUUGCUGUGAACUUUAAGACGUCUUUGCAUGGAUUGCUGUUCUAGCUAUGCCUCCUUUUCAAGAUAAUUCUCUUGCGACUUUAACGUGGGGGCAGAAGCAUUCUUUCCUGACAUUUCGCCCACAUCUCUGGCAGGCAUCCUCAUAGGUUGUGAGGUCUGUUGGAAACUAAGCAAGUGGGGUUUAUAUCUGUGGAAUGAUGUCCAGGGUGGGAGAAAGAACUCUUGUCUGUUUGAGGCAAGUGUGAAUGUUGCAAUUGGCCAUCUUGAUUAGCAUUGAAUAGCCUUGCAGCUUCAAAGCCUGGCUGCUUCCUGCCUGGGGGAAUCCUUUGUUAGGCGAUGUUAGCUAUAUUCCGGAUAGCUUUGCCAAAAUGUCCAAUUGCUCUUGUUUAUUGCAGAGACAAAAAUAUGAGGCUUGUAGCAGCCAAUCUGUCAACUGAGGCUACACUGUAUUGGAUGAAGCAAUAAAUAAGUUACAUAGUGGGCUGAGAUCCACAAAAGCUUGCAUUUGUUUAGUCUUUAAAAUGCUACAAACAUUGGCAAGUUUGCCAAAGGCUGCUACGUAAUUACUUCAGAUUGAAGUUCAUUGGAAGUGUGUAUCUGUUUCUAGAUAAUGUUUCUCUCUUCCGUUUUGUUUUUUGUAUUUCGUUAGUGUGUCUUUUUGGAUUAAAAACAAAUCCCAGCUUUAAAAGCUUGGAAGUUGCUGAAAAAUAUUUAUGAAGAGUAAAUUAAGCUUCAGGUUUUGGGAAAUGUACUAUAAAUGUAUUUAUUCAGUGUUUUUUCAACUGUUGUGGAAAAAUAAUGUUUAUAGUUUACAUACAUUGAAAGCAAAAAGUUCUUUUGCUCAUGAAGCUGUGUAAAGUACUGGGUUUUUUUGGGACUGGGUCGGGGAACUUGUUAAAUAAAGCACAUUUAAAAAUA